AUGCUCACCCAAGCGAAGGAUAUGUACCUGAAGUUCGAGAAGAAACCUUUUGGUUUCGAGCAUUGCUGGGAAGUUCUGCGCAAGCAUGACAAGUGGGGCGCAAAGGCAAAGGAAAUCAGCGACAAGCGUAGCGGCCCCAAGAAGGACAAGAAAGGGAAGGGCAAGGAAGGAGCCGCUGCCGCUCCUAAUGUUGUCCAAGAAGGUGUGGAUGGUGGAUCUUCGUCCAAAUAUUAUGACCUUGGUGUCCUCCUUAUCGAAAUGUUGGUGCGAAGAAGAAUCUUCAACAUGGAGCCUAUUAAAUUUCGACAUCCUGCACCCUUGGUAUCUCCUCCAAGUUCUCCUGGGUCCGCUCGUUCUGGUUCCAUGUCUCCUUUGACGUCACCUGGGUCCUAG